AUGAAGCGUUUGGUGAGUUCAUCAAAGGAUGUGGAGCUGCUUGUUGUUGAGCAUGGAAUUGUUCAAAAUUGGAUAGGUGAGAACAGUGGGGUAUCUACUUUUCUCAAUAACCUUGACAGUGGGGUCAUUGUUAGCAACUACUAUUAUGCUACUCUAUGUGAUGAGCUGAACAACUACUGCAGAACUCGCAGGCACAAAUGGAUGGCAAAUUUGAGGCAAAAUUAUUUUAACACACCGUGGUCAACUGUUUCUGUCAUCGCAGCUAGUGUUCUCCUCAUACUCACCAAACAGUAUGCUCUGUCAUAUCUAUUAUUUAAGCUUCAACACCACUAG